CUUGAAGUUCAAAAGAUGGAAAGCAAAGAAGGAUAAAUAUGAAAUUACAACUGAGAGCAAACAUCCUUAUUGCAUCCCGAAUGCGACACCAAUGUGUUAGAACCGCACGAUUCGCUAUCCGAUAGAUCAAGAAACUGCUCAGAGCACAAGUUCCUCAAAAGGAGAGGGCUUGAAGACCAUCACUCGAUCCAUUUUCUCUUGCGACAUUCAAACAGAAAAAGAAAGAAAAAUGAACGAUCGGUCUCUGAUGAUGGCCUCCGAGACAACCUAUCCUCCGUUAGCAAACCCGGUGGCUGUCGUGAGCCGGAAAUUUUGUAUGCCUUAUGUGGUCGAUCUUGUCAUUGUGAGGAAACUCGUCGCCAUCACCGAAGGCCGCUUUUUGGUCACAGAUGUUAAUGGCAACGUCGUGUUCAGAGUCAAGGGUUCCUUCGUUAGCGCCCACGAACACCUUGUCUUGAACGACGCCGCGAGCAAUGCCGUCGUUUCCCUCCAACAGAAGAUUUUGACUGCUCAUAGGAGAUGGCAAGCUUACAGAGGCGAUAGCUCCAGCUCCGGCGAUUUAAUAUUCAUGGCCAAGAAAUCAUCGCUAAUGCGAACUCAUGGGACAGAGCUAGAUGUGUUCCUAGCAGCCAACACCAGAGAAGAAACUUGUGACUUCAAGGUCAAAGGGAGCUGGUUGGAACGAUCAUGCACUAUAUAUGCUGGAAAUAGCACUACAGUCAUUGCUCAAAUGCAUAAGGAUCACAAGGCGCAAAGCGUUGUGCUCGGAAAGGACACGUUCGGCAUAACGGUGUAUCCUAAUGUAGAUUAUGCUCUCAUUGUUGCUCUUGUGGUGAUCCUUGAAGAGAUCAACGAAGACGCAUUCGUGGCAAAGCACUCCUUUGCUUGUACUCACCCUUAGCUUUUUGUGUGCCUUCCUUUUAUUGACCGGAUGCGAUUUGCAUUUCAUCAAUUGGUAGAAUUCUU